AAGAAUUUGGUCUUAUUUAAUCAUAUAUAUUUGUAUAAUAAUGAAAUUUCUAUUAUAAUUUUUAAAGUGAAACAAAACUUACAUGGCAGUUAACAUGUUAACAAUUCCCCUUGAAUAGUGUAUUGAUACACUCUACAGUAACCAUAAAUACUAUUUUCCUUGAAUCUUUUAGUGAUAAAACCAGGGGACCAUAAAGCAAAAUUUCAUGAGCGGCUGGUGUCCUUGUGCAGAUUAUUUAAAAAUCAUGAAAGUCACUUUUAGACUACUCCAGUUUGAAUGCAUGGUCCGUAAAUUAUUUGGUAUACUGUAAUGUGUAUCUAUGUGAACAGAAUUGUCUGAAUUAUAGAAAGAGAAUAACUGUUAAAAAUAAUAAUAUAAAAUUAAGAUUUAUGAAAAUAUCGCACACAUUUAUUAAGGGGAUGAAGUAUAUAAUUUUCGGUUUUUACAAAGUGUAGAAUUUAUGACAUAUACAAUGCAUCGAGUCAAAACAAAUUAUAGUUUUAAUUUCGUGAUAUAUAUAUGGAUUUCGAUAACUUUCUAUUGAAGUAGCAGUUUAAGAAGAAAUCAUGUGGUCUAUAAGGCUCUAUUUAGAGGUUAGGCUGUAUAAAUAAUGGUAUAUAUUAUUGUAAUUGUACGUGUAUCUUUAAUAUUUAAGGUACGAGUUUUCCGCUGCAAAGAAAUAUCAAGAAGUUUAUGGCUAAUGUUGUAGAAUGUAUAAUAUAUCUAUGAUUCUGCAUAAUGCAUAAUCAAAUAUAAUAUUAAAGAUAUAGUGUGUUAUCUGUACUUAGUACAAAUUAUACAAUUAUGAUAACUUUCUUAAUCGGAUAUUUGAAUUUUCUAUCAAUUGUUAUCGAUGUAUUUUUUUCUCUUUUUUUUUUCUUUUUUUAUUUCUUUGAUGCUAUUGCCACAAAUGGUACAACAUAAUUAAAUUUUACAUUCAAGUUAUAAAAAUAAUCAUGUAUGAAAAAUUUUUAUUACAAAAAAAUUUCAUACGUAAUUUUAAAAUAAUAUAAAAAUUCGUUUGCAAACAGUGGUUAGUAGAUAAAAUAUUUCAAUUUAUUGAUAUUAACUGUUAUACCAAUUUAUUGUUUUUGAAAUAAGUUGUACCUUUUAUUUACGUUUUGGUUACUUUUUGUAAAAAAAAAUGUUACAAUUAGUUAUCUUACUUUGCAGCGGAAAAAUCUUAUUGUUUUAUUAUAUUAUUUUUAGUUGUACACAAACUGAAUAAUUUAUAAACAUUAAGGGGGUUCUAAAAAUGUACUCUUAGUAAACGACUUAAAUAUAUAAAAGAAAAUAUUUUUUACGUUAAAUAUAAAAUGUGAAUAUUAUGAAACUAAAUUUAAGGAUAAAUACAUGGCUAUUAGCCUGAUACGAGUAUUACAAAUAAUUUUAUAUCAAAUUAAUAAAUGUUAAACUAUUAACAAAUGAUAUUUAUCUUUUUCCAAAUUAUGAUCUUCCAAAUUAUUUUUUCAUUUACUAUUUUAAGUUUUAUAUUUUUUAAAUUUAAUUCUUCUCUUUUUAUUACUCUUUUAAUUUUUCUUUAAUUUAUAAAAUUUAAUAUUUUUGUUAUUUUAUAAAUAUAUACAUACCUAUAAUAUGCACAUGCAUAUAACAUGUACAUGUUUUCUAUUAUAGGUAAUAUGUCUAAAUCUAUAAAUAUAUAAACAGAGGAGUGAAGUAGAAGCUAAAUUUUUAUUUUAUGUUUGUAAAUAAUUAUUUUAACUAUGUUUUUAGAUCCUCCUUAAUGACAAUUUUAUAAGUACAAUAUAAAGGCAAUAUAAAUUUAUUCUUAAAAAUUUAAUAAGUCAUCUGUUUAUUUGCAUACUUUGUACAAUACAAAUCUUAUAUAAAAGAAAAUUGUGUUAUUUAUGUUUUGUAUACUACUUCACUCCAUUUAUUUGGUAAAUAAUUUUAUGUAAAUAUAUAAAAAAAAUUUAAUAUUUAAUAUACGCAUAUAUAUAUAUAUAUAUACAUAUAUAUUUCGAAUGUAAAUAUAUGCGUUUUUAAAAAAGUAGCAUCAUAAUGCAAAAAUAUCAACGUAAAUAUAUUUACUAAAUUAAAUAAAAUCACUACUUAUUAUAUUAGUGCAAUAAUACAAUGGAUUUUACUGUUGAAUAUAUUGUAUUAAAUUUGUUCAGGAAAAUGGCAUGGGCAUAUGUCUCGAAGGAACAAAAAAAAGAAUGAUCAGAUGUGAUUCUGACAAGGCGUUUGGCGUAAUUGCGAAAGUAGGUGACCUCUGACAGAAAUUGAAAAUCAAUAAAGUGCAGUGGAGUUCGUGAUACACAAAGAACGAAGGUAGCUCCGCUUUGCAUUUUUGAGGUUAUGUUGCCCGAGAUUGAGAAGGUACAGCAUCGGAUGUUCUAUUUUCGUUUCGGCGAAAAGUGUUUAUUCUUGCCAGUCGUAGGCGCGUGUUACACAUUAUAAUGCAUCUAAAUGUGAGAAGAAGUCACGAAAGUGCCGUGAGAUAGUACAAACAUGGGCAGGAGAAAAUCUCACGGAUCAUCUAAAAGUAAACAACAUGUUCCACACCAAAGGCAAUUAUCGUUAGCAAAAAGAAACGAGAUAAAUGCCUUGUGCGAAAAAUUAUUUGUUCUGAGUAUUAAUUCAGCGUAUGUAACGCAACUAUGGGACAAUUAUGUGGAGAUAUCAACGAUUUUGGAGAAGGUUAAAAGGUUGGAGGAAAUGAAGACGGAGUCGUCGAAACGAUCCCAGGGGAUUGGACAAUUCAUAAAUUGGCUUAAAGAGAAUGGCGCGAAUGUAGACGGAGCGAGCGUUGCUGAAUUUCCAGGAUACGACUUGGGUUUAAAAGCAGAACGUAAUUUCCUCGAAAAUGAAUUAAUUUUAAGGAUACCUAGAGGACUUAUUUUCAGUAUUCACAAUGCAGCUCCAGAAUUAAUUACACUUCAAAAUGAUCCUCUAAUACAGCAUAUGCCCCAAGUGGCGCUCGCGAUUGCGCUUCUUAUCGAAAGACAUAAAGAAAAUUCGAAAUGGAAGCCUUAUUUGGAUAUCCUUCCCACUACUUAUACAACUGUGUUAUACAUGACCGCUGCCGAUAUGAUUGAACUUAAAGGCAGUCCUACAUUAGAAGCUGCUCUAAAACAAUGUCGAAAUAUUGCAAGACAGUAUUCGUACUUUAAUAAGGUAUUUCAAAACAAUAAUAAUGCUGUAUCUGCUAUACUCAGGGAUGUUUUUACUUAUGAAAGAUACUGCUGGGCAGUUUCUACGGUAAUGACAAGACAAAAUCUGAUUCCAAGCGAGGAUGGUUCACGCAUGAUCCAUGCUUUAAUACCGAUGUGGGACAUGUGCAAUCAUGAGAACGGGAGAAUCACUACAGAUUUUAAUGCGACAUCAAACUAUUGUGAAUGUUACGCUUUAAGAGAUUUCAAAAAAGGGGAGCAAAUAUUUAUUAGUUAUGGGCCCAGAACAAAUUCCGAUUUCUUUGUGCAUUCAGGAUUUGUUUACAUGGAAAAUAAACAAGAUGGUUUUAAAUUACGACUCGGUAUUAGCAAAGCCGAUUCUCUUCAGAAAGAACGUAUAGAAUUAUUAAAUAAAUUGGAUUUGCCAACAGUUGGCGAAUUCUUAUUGAAACUAGGAACAGAACCGAUUUCUGAUUUGCUAUUGGCAUUUCUUAGAGUAUUCAGUAUGCGUAAAGCAGAACUGGCUCAUUGGAUCCGAUCGGAUCGUGUUAACGAUUUAAAACAUAUGGACUGUGCAUUAGAAACUGUCGUUGAAGAGAAUGUCAGAAAAUUUCUGCUUACUAGGCUGCAGUUGUUAAUUGCUAAUUAUCCGACGACUUUGAAGGAAGAUCUACAAUUACUCGAAACGACUUUACCACAAAUUAAGAAAUUAGCCAUUCAAUUAAGAGUAACAGAGAAGAGAAUUCUUCAGGGGGCGCUCGAAUAUGUGGAACAAUGGAUCAAAGCUUAAGAAUAUAAGAAUUGAAUUUUAAUCUAUAAAAUCAUGGAAUCAAAUUUUUAUUCUUAUUUUUAAAAGAAUUUUACAAUGGGAUAUAAUUUUUAUAGAUUUAUGAUUUCAAAAUGAUAGGAAACUGAUACAAAUCAUUUGAAAAAUGAUCAAUAUAUAUAUAUAUAUAUAAUAAAAUAAUGUGUGAAAUAAUGAAGGACAGAUAGAAAAGGGAGCAAUGGUGUAAAAUACAUUAAAGUGUAUAAAACAUUGAACAAACUAUAUAUAUAUAUAUCUAUGUGUAUUAACAAGUAUACAAUGCAAAAUAAUUGCGUAUUUCAUGAUAUUGUGACUCUUGUUUUCGAGAGAUAAGAACUUUGCAAGCACAAAUAAUUUUUAAAACUAACAAUGUUUUCUCAUCAAAUUAUAAAUCAUGUGCUUAUUGAGCUCUAAUCUCUGAUUACAAGAUUUUACAAAUACAAUACUUUUAUUUCAGCUUUGAUAAAAAAAAAAAAAAAAAAAUAGAAAAAUAACAUGUACAAACAAAAUGUUACUAUUCAUGAAUAUUUAUUUUUCAAAUGAGAUAGUUAAGAGAUCUAAUUCUUUAUGUAAGCUAUUGUGCGAUAUUACACAGGCCUACAAAAAUCAGACUUAUAAACGAUUAAUAUACCGUAAGAUUUAUCGAUAAUUGUAUCGAAUUUUAACAAUAUGCAUAAAAGUAAGACAAACAGCGAGUUCCAGAUACUUCUCAGCCAUAAAAUGUUGCAUUGUAUCAUGUUUACCCCCGAAAUUUUAUGCGAUUAUACUUAAAAAGAAAUUAUUAAAAGCAGAUGCUUAUGUGAAUGAUAUAACUAUAUAUACAUAUAUGAAGAAAAAUAUAUCAAUGUAUUUAAAUGAAAUUAUAUAAAUCAAUUCAAUCAUGCAUAUAACGAAGAUAAUAAGAUAGAAUAAUCAUUAAUUAAUUAGAAAUGGCUACAGCAGGACUGAUAGCUUUGUGUAUUGCUUUUUUCAAUAUACAGUUGGGGCAGACAUGAUACAGCCAAAUAUAAAUGUCACAAUAACUUAAUAUUACAUUUUCCUCUAAUAUAAAACACAGAAAAUUUAUGACGUGAUUAUAUUAUUUUAAUAAACUGCUAAAAAAUUACCUUUAUUAUCUGAUCAAAAAAGUUCUAUUAUUCAGGAAUUAUAUACGAGGUUCUUAAUUAUAUUUGUUAAAAUAAUGUCAUUUAUUUUAUGAUAUUUUGAACAGGUGAGAGAGAUGAUUUUGUAUUUUACAUGAUUGCUAAAAAAAUAUACAGAUAUAUGUUUGUUAUUUAUUCUUAAAGAGAGAGGUAAAACUGGAAUACAGUUUAUUUUAGAACUUUUUGAUCAGAUAUGAUCGAAUGUACUUAUCUACAAUUUAUAAGUUAUUUAUUGCCAGUCAUAUUUAAUUGUGUUUAAUAUAUGCUACAGAGUGGUUUAUAGCAACGGCACGAGUUUCAUUAUUACGAGUAAUUUUUUUAGCGAUAGCUUUUAUGAUUUAUUUUUAUUCCCGCUAUCUGUAAAAUUACAAUGUUACCUUAUAUUCAUAGCGCGUUUUGCAAUUUAAUUUUAUUGUUUGCUAAGGUUACAUUAUUAUUUCCAUUAGUAUAAUCUGCAGAUUUAUUUUUUAAUUCACUGAGUAUUAUAUCACUGAUGGACUUUUCCUUUUGUUCUCCAUUACAAUCCUUUAAUAUUUCUUUUUUAACAUUUUCAAUAUUAUGAUCUUCCUGAAGAUGUAAAACUAAAGAAGGUAAGGCAUAAAAUAAUUUGUCACAAAGAUUGCACUGGAAUGUCUUGCCAUCUGCUGCCUGUAAGCAAUAUUCAUAAUCUUUCAUAGAACUAUAAGUUUGUCUAUGUAAUGCUAAAUGUUUUUCAUGGUCCAUAGCAAGAAUAAAUUCGUAAGAACAAAUUGGACACUUUAAAUUAUGUUUUGUCCAUAUAGUAUGUGCUUUUAAUCGAUGUAAACUAUCAUAAAUUUUACCACAAACAGGA